GGCCGCGCCAAUGGCGCUCGCGCUGGCGGCGGUUUGAAUCCCCUCAGCCGCGCGCGGCCCGGCCCGGCUUCACUCAGCGCCGCUUCCCCCGCCCGGAGCCAUGGACGUGGCCGCAGGCUUCUUCGGCAAGCUGCGGGAGCUGGGCCUCACGGUGGAGAAGGAGGUGAAGCAGCUGGAGCGGGCCAUGCGCCGGGAGGACGCGGACUAUGAAGAUGAAUCUCCACUAGCAGUCUUGCAUGACCUCCAUCACAACAUCGAGACUCACAAGGAAGAGGUUUGUGCCAGUCUUGAUAAAAGCUACUCUGAGGAAAAAGCAAUUAAUGAGUUUAUGAAGGCAAGUGAAAUCUUGAUGCAAAGAAAUGCAGCAGAUCUUGGAAAAAUAAGUGAGCUGUUCCAGAAAUAUGGCUACAAACCACUUGUCAAAGAAUCUACAGAAGAGGAGGAUGAAGUUAACAGUGAAUCAGCAAUGUCUGUCGAGAAUAAAUCUGAUGAAGAAAAAGCAAAUGAUAUACCUCACCUAUCUGCUUCUGCAGAGAAGCCACUGUUGUCCAAGGACCCACUGCGUAGCCCCCAGCUCUCUGAUUUUGGUCUUUCCCAACUGGCUUUCUCCAGGCCUUGGAGUGUGGUGAAAACCCAACACACACCAAGUGCACGUCAACAAAAGUCAAAGAGUGAGACUCCAUUAAAAUUGCCAACGCCCCGGGCGUUGCCCAAAACACCGAAAUGUAAGCUAAAGAUGGAUGACGAGUGUGAACUUGAACACUUUGGCAUUAGUGAAUAUACCAUGUGUAUGAAUGAAGAUUAUACCAUGUCACUUAUUCAGAAAACUCAGGCAAUCAAAAAUUUCUUUAAAAGAGGAGACCAAAACAGAGGGAAUUUGCCAGAGAUGGCAGUCAAGGAAGUCAUGGUUACUCCUGCAUCAAAAUCAAGUAAGAGAGCUGAGAAUGCAGCAGCUGACUGGAUGGCUUCUCCUAUGGUAUUUGUGUUCUGUACUCCUGAUGUGAAGUCCUCUUCCAAAACAAAUAAUACAAUGUCAUCAAGGUCACCAGAGACAAAGGAACUGCCUCUUCCCAGUAAUACAGCAACACCACAGUGUCCAGAUUUUCAAACAAGAUGGCUAAAAGCAGAAGCUAAGGAGCGGGUAACACCAGGGAGGAAGAUUGAGUCAGUGACAAAGAAUGAUGCAAAAGAUACACCAUACAAAGAAAAAAGAAUUCCUUUUGCUGCAAGCUCUGAUGAGUAUCUUAAACACUCUAGGGACCCUUCCCCUCCCAAACUGGAACAGUAUGACCAUUUACUCAAUACUCCUCCACCUCCAGAAAUAACAAGGAUACCAGAUGAUGUUCUGAAGAUGCUUUCCCAAUAUAAUCAUAAGGUAGAUGCCUCUUCUAAAGCCAAGGAAAUGGAAAACAAGGCAGGAAAUACUCUAAGAUAUGAAAGUGAUUCCUCUGAUUACUGCAACAAAGAGAACAGAGGAUAUCAUCGAGUUUUCAAGACAAACAUCUGAAAUCAAACUGAAGGCCAUGUUGAAGCUUUCACAUUCAUGGAUCUUAUCACCAAAUCAUAACAAGUUCAAAAAGCAAAAGGAAAUACUGGUGGGCAGAAAGACCGAUACUGAGAAAAGGCUUUUUUAAUGAAGAAAAGUUCUUUAUCCAUUAUGUGGAUAAACUUGUUUGAACUAACACCUUGUGCUUAAUUUUCUACUGACAUUAUUGGCAAAAUGUAUUGCGAGGUUUUAAAUAUACUGCAUUUCAAAGAGGAAUGGAGAUCCAUGUACAAGGUGAUAGUUGUUUGUUGUGUAGGAUUGCAUUUGCUGUAAAGAGUGCAGUUAAGUUGUAAUAAAAGGAAAGUCCAGUA